CGCGGUGACAGCCCCGCCCGGGGACCCCCACGGGGACGCAGUCUGGGGACACCCCUCCCUCUGGGGACACCCCGGGCCGGGGGGGGUGACAGGGACAGGUGGUGGGGACAGGAACCGCUUUUUUCCCCAGUGACAGUGUGGGGGUCGCCCGUGCCCCCGACAGAGAGCCCCUCCCCCCGUGUCACCCUGGCGGUGUCCCCGGCGGGGGGGACAUGGGUCUGGGGGCUCCUGGGGACACCUGGGGCCCUUGAGGACAUCGGUGCUGUCCCUGUUCUGUCCCCAUCCUGUGCCAGUUCGCCCCGGGACCCCCCCGCGCUCCUCCUGCUCCGGGACCCCCGGCACGGCUCGAGGCAUCCCGGGCCCCCCCGCCCCGCGCAUCCCCGUCCCUGGGGGCCCCCCCGGCCGGACACGGCCCGGACACGGCCCGGACAGCGCGGGGGGGCCGGGGGGGCGGGCAGCGCCGUGGGGAGCGGCCCCGCCGCUAUAAAGGGGGGGCGGCGCGAUGGAGCCACUGCCGCGACCGACGGGACCCGCGGGGCCACCAGGCUCAGCGAGUGCGUGCGAGGCUCCGAGGCCGGCGGGAUGCGGUGUCCCGGCGUGUCCCUGUGGGGGCUGCUGUGCCUGGCGGUGGCGGUGGCCGGGGGUCGCCCCGUGCGGCUCGAGAGGGUCCGAGCGGACGCGCGGGCCCUGACCCGGACCCUCAGCACGCGCCUGCAGCAGCUCCAGCUGUUCCCGCUGACCCUGCGCGUCACCGGCCUGGAGGGAGUCCCGGAGGGGGGGCUCCCGGACGGGGGGGUCCCCCCGGGGCUGGGCUGGGCCGCCCAGCGGCUCCAGCUCUUCCAGCGGCUCCUGGAGGCCCUGGCCGGGGGCGACCUGCGCCUGGCCCAGGUGGUCAACGACCUGGAGAACCUGCGCAGCCUGCUGGCCGUGCUGGGGGCCCUGCUGGGCUGUCCCCCGGCCCGCGACCCCCCCGCGGCCCCCCCGGCGCCCCCCGCCCCGCUGGCCGAGGCUCCGCACACGGUGGCCGGGGUGGCCCUGGCGCGGCUCCGGGGCUGCCUGGACGGGGUCGCCGCUCGCCUCGAGGGGGUCCCCACGUGUUAGGGACCUUGGGGACCCCACGGACACCGCCAGGACCCCCCCCGGGCCCACAGGGGCACGCCCAGGACCUCACCGGGCUCUCACCAGGAGCCCACAGACAGGACCAGGACCUCAGCGGGGACACCACGAGUGGCCCCAGGCACCGGAGCGACCCCAGCUGCUGCCGGCACCUUUUCUACAACAUUACUGUUACUGUAUUUAUUAUUAUUGUUAUUAUUAUUAUUAUUAUUAUUGUUAUUAUUAUUAUUACUGUUAUUAUUAAUUUAUUUAAUUUAAAGCC